AUGAACGAAGAUCCGCCUCCAGCCGGAGAUCCGAACUCAAGAAAGAGAAAGGCUGCAGAGGAGAAACAGCAACAGGAGGAGAAGAAAGCUCGUGACGGUGUUCCAGAUGCUCAACAAGAAACGACAGAGAAGGAAAAACAACCUCAGGAGCAGAAAGAAACAAAAGAGCAGAACGAAAAGGCUGAUUUUUCUUUUGCAGGUCAAGCCGAAACUGCAAAUCAAGAACCAGUAGCAAUGAAAGAGACCAAUAAAGAUGAAAGAACCUCUGUUGAUCUGAAAAAAAAAGAAAACGCAGAAGAGGAACAGAUCUGGCUUCCAUCUCCAGUUGGUUCAGAUGGGAUGGAACAAGUAGCUGCUACCAUGGCUGACAAAAAGAAAAAACUUGAUCAAGUUGCUCCGUCUACUGAACAACAGAGCCUUUCGAAGUUUCAAAUGGCCGUUCAAAAAAGCUUGGCAAAGAAUGAUUUCAUACAGAUGGCGAUUGACGUGUUGCACAAAGCGCCUAGAAAAGAACGUUCGGAGUUUCGAAAAGUAUUGGAAUUGCGUCGGGAUCUAUCAAUGCAUAGCCUUACCGAGAUCCAAAAAAUAGAUAUACAAAUAGUCCUCGACAGGUUGCAAGAGACUGAACUCGAGGAACCGAACGUUGGGGAGGCUGGUCAAGAGAAGAAGCUGAAGGAACUGGCAACGAUUUCAAAAAAUAAUUAA